UUAGCAACCAGGGGGACACAUAGGUUCCUUUGAGUAAGAGUGGGAAAAACUGGAGGGAGACAGCUAUUUUCUUUUGGAAGCAUUAGACAUUAGACUGCCUCUGCCAACUAAAAAUUCCCAGCUUAAGUGCAAAGCAAAUCAACAAAAACUCAGUCUAGACCCGUUAUGAAGCUGGGAGGGUAUCAACAGACUUGAGUUCCUGUCAACCAGAUCACCUGCUUUUAAUACUAUCUCCAGGGUCUGGACACAUCUGGAAGUGGCAUCGAUCAGGUUAGACUUGCAGAACUUUCCUGGCGCCAGUGGCGAGGAAGAACCAGCACGCGUAGACAUGAAUCUCAAAUCUUCGACAUCCGCUCCUCAGUUUCUGGUCAAAGGCAGCCGCAUCAAGCCUAGAAAUGAAAGCUACUUUCUGGUCAGGCACACCCCGCACCCCAGAAGAGUCUGCCACAUCAAAGGUUUGAAUAACGUUCCCAUCUGCACCGUGAAUGACGAUGACAAUGUCCCGUGGGUGGGGGACCAGCCUGCGCACUCCGAGAAGGACGAGACGCCUCGUGCCAGCUGCCCACCCAGCGCCGCGGCCCCGAGGAGCCCGGCCAGACGAGUGUCACCAGCUUCGAACAGCGUCAGAAUGCCCCCCCGGCCCCAUUCUGAGCCCAGUAGAAAAAUUGAAGAGUGGUUCAAAACUUCCAUUGAUAAUCCCUUAGUAAUUAAAAAGGAAGAAAUUAAGGCCAAAAAGCCACCAUCAACUCCAAAGGUCUCCUCUACUGCUGGUUCCUGUUCUUCAGGGAUGGCGAGUACCAAGAAUGAAGUCAAAGCCAACACCGUUUGCAUACCCAACUAUCUGGAUCAAGAAAUAAAAAUCCUGGCGAAGCUCUGUGACAUUUUACAUACUGAUUCUCUGGCAGAAGUUCUGCAGUGGCUGCUUCAUGCAAGUUCAAAAGAAAAAGAGUGGGUCUCAGCUUUGGUUCAUUCGGAGCUGGCCGAGAUAAACCUGUUGACUUCUGGCAGAAGCAGCGCGUCAAAGGAACCAGUCACGGGGACUGGGAAGCCACUCACGGGGACUGGGAAGCCACUCACGGCGAACACAACACCUGCAGUGACGCCCCCAAAUUCACCUGCAAAGCCAACAGCGCUGAGCAGCAUUAGAGAAGAACUUCAGCCAGCCAGACUGUCAAGUCAAGGAUCCGAAGGAAAUAAGGGACUGCCACAAGAGGCUGACCAUAAGCCCCCGUUGUUUAUAAGAAGAAACAAGAUGAAAAUACCUGUUACAGACUAUUUUGGCAAACCAAAGUCUCCUCCCAGGCCUAAUUCUCAGGAUUGUGUAUCAACAAAACCAAUGUCAGCAAAGAGUAUACAGCAAGGAUACAAUCUCUGUCCCCAAAGAGCAUUUUAUCCUUCAGCAUACGAAAGGCAGAAAGUCUAGACUGGGCUAAUUCUUUCAUUAACAUGGGAUUCACAUUUACAACAUUGAAUGUUUUCUUAAAAAGAAUACUUUUGGUAUUGAGGAAUCAAGCAGUCCUCUCUAUGGUGGUACAUGUAAAUGUCAAAACAUCUGUGUAUACUACUACAAAUAAAUAAUAAUGGAGACAGUU